GCUCAGACCGCGGUGUGCGGCGCGCCAAACGAAUGAAGCAGCCGGCCAUCCGCGCCAUGGGCCUGGCUCUGUGGGUCUGGCUCCCCACGGCUUCGGCCAUUGUCAUCCAGGAUCGGCGAGCGAACCUUUCCGUGCCUGGCGCCUGUGCUCGGCCCAGCGGGUGGUGCAACCCGGACACCUACUACCGCCACGAGGACUGCAACUUGGAUGGUGUCUUGGAUCAGGUGUGCGAAAUGAGCUAUGUUGAUGCCACGGACAAGAAGAAGUGGUUCUUGCUGAGUGGGGACUGCAGUAACGAGUUCAACACAGGAGAUGCCAAUGCUGGACUCCCAAGUUGCCAAGAGAUCCAGGCCAAGCGGCGAGAUGCGGACACCUACAUUUACACCGUCAGAGAGAACGGCGCAGCCUUGCUGGAUCCAGGUUGAAAUGACACACGCAGACUGAAAGUGGGUACAUCACAAAGUGAGGGUGAGAGCCACCAUGGCUUCAAAGGAAAACCAAGGGGAAGCACCAACCUGGUGGAAUCGGUC